AUGAAUUUAAACUUAAAAAGUGUUGCGAAACGGAUACAUUUCUCUCCCGAAGAUGAUUUGCAUCUUGCUAGAGAGGUCGUGGGACAAAAGCCCUUCGAGGAUCCUGGGCGAUGGCAUCUUAUCCAAAUAAACAUAAUGCAAAUUAGCGGAAAGUCCGACGGCGAAGAUCCAGUACCGGUCGGCGUAGGGGGCGACGAAGCAGGCCCCUCCCGAUCGUUAACCGACAACUGCAAAGCGCUGGCGGAGAAACAGCCCAAAAGACAAGGGAAAGGUAUUGCCAGGUAUGUAGAAGGCAGGCGGGACUCAGUAGAGAGCAUUGAUCUUGUGUGGGACGAGGAAAUGCAAAAAUCUGUGCCCAAAAAAACCGACACGGCGUUUCCAAAACCAUUUGGAACCAUAGCUAGGAGUUUUUCCUUCAAAACCGCGAGCACUAGCACUAAGAACAAGAAGAGGAAGGUUAUGGACACUUCACUUAGGGAGACGGAACCAGUAUAUAACACUAAAGAGUCAUCAGAAGCAUUUGUAUUGAUGGAAGCAAUUGAGGUUAUUUCUAAGCUGUCAAAAACUUUAUGUAAACAAGUUGAACAAAAUACAAAGCGGGAAAUAAAGGAAAUAGUUCCAAAGUUAGAACAUCAAGUAGCGCUAAUGAACCGGCUGUCAAUUCAGAGCUGGCUCGAAAAACACAGAUACGAGGGGAUACCAAAAAUGUUGUUCGACGGUGAAACACAAACGGAGGAAAGGGAUGCAAUCAAUGCGACCAGAAUGCAGAUGGCGGAUCAGGGAACCCAGACGGAGGCAGCUGGACCACCGGAGAGGGGGAGGAAACUGGUUAUACAGCGUGUCCCGCUGAAACAUAAGAUUCCUGAGGGCACAGCCACACUGACUUGGACCACGGCGGAGGCCUUUGCAAGGGACUACCCUGACGGGGAGAUACCGAAGCCUGGACAGGUGGUAGCGGUAAAGAGGAGGAUUAUAUCCAGUGUGGGAGAGAAAAAUGUCAAGGAGAGCUCAACAACGACAUGGCUGCUCAUGCAGGAAAGCGGAGGAGAGCCGAUGGAGUGCAGGCGGGUGAGACAAACUUGUUUUAAAGGGAUUGCGGAUAAGCUACUAAGGGAGGGAACCUCCAAGAUGGCGAUCAGGAUGAUGCAGGGUGUUGCACUGGAGGAGGAAAUAGUAGAGGCGAUUGGGCAUGUGAAACUAGAGGUCAUGCUGAUGGGCGAAUGGAAACAGAGCACCUGGAGCGAGGCUGUCAAAGGUUCGAGGGGCAAAGAAGGCGCAGUGAGCGCAGCGAGCGCACAGGAACGCGAGAAGCCAAGCCGCAUGGUGAGAAAACCAAAGCCAGGUACGGUAACGAUAAGCACAAAGGAGAAGGGGUACGAAGAGACGCUAAGAGAAGUAAGAAAGCUCACAAAAGAGGAUGGUGGGGAGGCCAGAAUUAAGAAUAUUCGCGAGUCUAGAGCGGGCAAUGUGAUACUGGAAACAGAUGGAGAGGAAACAGCAUCCAAACUGGUGGUGACACUGCAAACUUUGAAAGCUAGGGCUGUCAGGGACACUGGAGGAGCGGAAGUGGUAGGCAUGGACGCACUGGCCACUAAGGAGGAGGUAGGGGAGGCGCUGAAAGCAGCCUUGGGAGCGGAUGCGACAAUGGCAGAGCUGACGGUGAUCGCCAUGAGAGCUACCUAUGGCAGAACGCAGGCCGCGCGCUUCACAGCCAGCAAGACUGCAGUAUCCAGGCUGGUGGAGAUCGGGCGCAUCAGAGUGGGACCGGUGGUAUGCAGGAUCAGGGAAACCGUGGAGGACGACAGAUGUUAUAAAUGCCAAGAGAGUGGUCAUCGGGCAGCGGAGUGUAAGGGCCCGGACAGGUCAACGUGCUGUUUCCGAUGUGGGAAGCCAGGCCACAAGGCGAGGGCAUGCACGGACAGCAAGAGGUGUCUGAGGUGCGGCAGAGAUGGGCACAGGACAAGCGAAUGCGAGUUGGAAACAACCCAAAAUGAUAAAGAAAAUGUUCCCUUGAAUGUUCCAAGUACAAGCUUGGUAGAGGAGGAUUUAAAUAUAAGAGAAAAUUCCAAGGAAAAUGAAAUUUUUCAUGAGAAAAACUCUCAAUGUACUUUAAAAUUACAAGGAAAAGUUUUAAUUUGCAUUCGUCACAUGUAUAUAAAACUCACCUUUGUUCGGCAAGGAUUCGCCGAGAAACAGCAUCCCGUUUUUGCUGACCUGCACGACGGACACCUGCCGCACAAUCAGCUUGCAACGCCAUACAAAAAGGUGUUAGCAGACUUUAAUGUUAUGUACCCCGACAAAGAAUUCGGACUGCAUGCAAAUUUAGACAAAGAAAUCGCUAUAAUUAUUGAACACUUUAAGGAAACCAAAGUUGCGAUAAUAAAGAAGUUCUUGAAUUUAGUACAGACUGAACAGAAUGCUGAAACAGAUCAGGAAGAAAUCUUGUUCAAAGAACUGUUUGAAGAACAAGAAGAAAGUCUUGAAAAUAGUAUAGAGGAUGAAACAAUAAAGAAUAUUAAUCGUAAUAAAGAACCUGUGUUUUGUAAUCCUCUCAUAAUAGCAAGCCAAGCUGACAUCAAGGAUAUUUUGGAAGCUAUUGAUCCAUUUAAAGGUGAAGUUAAUGAGAGACUUUAUGGUUUACAGCUACAGGUUGAGCGUCUCGAAAAUUUAAUCCUUAACCCAACCCAACCAUUGAUUGAAGAAGGAGAAGAAAAUCUGGAGCUGUUCCCAUUAAGCACCAUUACUGGAGUUAAUAACUUUGAAAGAAAAUUAACAAAUGAAAAUUCUAAGAAAAAGAUGAUUAUUCACCUUAAAAAAAUAGUGGGGAGUGGAUUUGUAUAUUAA